AUGAGGAAAGCGCAGCACACUUCGAAAUUCUGGGUGGAACUCCAACAGCUCGAACGAAAUCAUCUUCGUUUCAGGUAUAAUCCAACGAUGGAUCGAUUAGGCCGAAUCAUAACACGGCAGAAUUCCUGCAUCCCGAUAUGGAUUCCCGAUAUCCUUCUUGGCUCGCCAUGUGAGCAAGCAAGUUUUUCUAAAUUUUCCACCCCGUAUUUCUCACCUCAGUGCAAUCCCAAAAGGAUCAACAAGAUGAGCUCAGAGCACGUCGUCAAUGACGCCGAAAGCAAGGCCGACCUUUUCAUGAAUGCGGCUUUCGUUGAGGAAACGGAUCUUUUUUUAUUCCUCCUAGGGCAUCCACUCCCGCUCUUGGACAAGAAAGGUUCAAAUGGAAAAUGCAAAGGCGUUUACUCGUUGAGAGGACCAGAGUUGGUAUUUCGGAGAGGAGGUUGGGAGUCGUGCGCAGCGCUGAGUGCUGGCUUUUCCUGGCUUUCGUAUUCCAUUUCAUACAUCAAUCAUCAUCUCGAGCGGGGUGCCCUUUCCAAGCAAACCCAUGAAUUGGAAAGGGUCCAAAAUCUGCACAAUGGGCGAAUGGCGAAUCCCUCCAUCGCGGGGAUGGAUUACUUGGAGUAUCUUAUCCAACCCUCAUUUCACGCCGGCGCGCAUCGUCCGGGUAUCCGCGCGGAGCAUGUUUGGAUGGAUGCGAAGACCGUGCAAGAACACGACCUGAGUUGCUUCCGGGAUGCCUUUUGGGUGCCCUGUCAUCGUUCGCAACUCCUAGACCCGUAUCAGGAGCUGAAAAUGGUGCCUUUCGCGCCGAGAAACUCCAUAAAGCAACGAUAUUCUCCGCUUGCUGGCAGAUGCUACGUCAAUACGGAUCAGUUGGAGAUGGAUCCUGCCCUGUUAGAACUUAUCCACCAUGCAGAGCAGGAGCAUGCCGUCCGGCAAUUGUAG